AUGUCCCUCCAGAGGAUAGUCCGAGUGUCCCUGGAGCAUCCCACCAGCGCUGUGUGUGUGGCAGGAGUGGAAACACUGGUGGAUAUUUAUGGGUCUGUGCCAGAGGGCACGGAGACCUUUGAAGUCUAUGGCACCCCAGGUGUGGACAUCUACAUCUCCCCGAACAUGGAGACUUCGAGGGAACGGGCCGAUACCAGGAGGUGGCGCUUUAAUAUGGGGCGUGAAAUCAUUGUCGUCAUGAACUCCCCAAGCAAUGACCUGAAUGACAGUCAUGUUCAGAUCUCCUACCACUCCAAGGAUGAGCCCCUGGCCCUGGCCUAUGCUGUCCUGUACCUCACUUGUAUUGAUGUCUCUCUGGACGCCGACAUGAACUGUGAUGGCAAAGUGGAGAGGAAUUACGUGGAUAAGAGGCAUUGGGUGUGGGGACCUGGUGGACAUGGAGCAGUCCUCUUGGUGAACUGUGACCGGGAUGAUCUCACCUGUGAUGACAGAGAUAACUGUGACAAACGUGUGCGCUGUCUUGAAGACCUGCAGGACAUGUCACUCAUGAUCCUGAAGACCCAGGGCCCCGCUGCCCUCUUUGAUGACCACAAGCUGGUUCUUCAUGUCUCCAGUUCUGAUGCUGAGAGGGCUCGAGUCUUCCAUGCCUGUGGUCCUGAGGACUGUUGCGAAGCUUAUAGGUAUGUUCUAGGGCCAAACAAGGUGUCCUAUGUGGUUCCUCGCUUCAAUGGGGAAGAAGAAAGGUUCUAUGUAGAAGGACUUUCCUUCCCUGAUGCUGGCUUCUCUGGGCUCAUCACCUUCCAUGUCACCUUGUUGGAUGAUUCCAAUCAGGAUUUCCCAGAGUCCCCAAUCUUCACAGACACUGUGGUAUUCCGUGUGGCCCCCUGGAUCAUGACCCCAAGCACCCUCCCGCCCGUGGAGGUGUAUGUGUGCAAAGUAAGGAACAACACCCACUUUGUGGAAGCAGUUGCACACUUGGCGAAGAAAGCGGGCUGCAAGCUGACCAUCUGUCCCCAGGCUGAGAACCGCAACGACCGCUGGAUACAGGAUGAGAUGGAAUUGGGGUAUAUCCAGGCACCACACAAGACCUUCCCUGUGGUCUUUGAUUCCCCACGGAAUGGUGAACUUCAGGACUUUCCCUACAAAAGGAUCCUGGGCCCAGACUUUGGCUACGUGACCAGGGAGCCCCGGGACAAGUCUGUCAGUGGCCUGGACUCCUUUGGGAACUUGGAAGUCAGCCCUCCCGUGGUGGCCAAUGGGAAGGAGUACCCUUUGGGAAGAAUCCUUAUCGGGGGCAACUUGCCUGGAUCUGGUGGAAGGAGGGUCACGCAGGUGGUCCGGGACUUCCUGUACGCCCAGAAAGUUCAACCUCCUGUGGAACUCUUUGUAGACUGGCUGGCUGUGGGUCACGUGGAUGAAUUCUUAAGCUUUGUCCCUGUCCCUGAUGACAAGGGUUUCCGCCUGCUUCUGGCCAGCCCUGGAGCAUGCUUCAAACUUUUCCAGGAGAAACAGAAAUGGGGCCAUGGGAGGGCCCUCCUGUUUGAAGGUGUUGUCGGUGAUUCACAUGUGAAGACCAUGUCCAUCAAUCAGAUCCUCUCCAAUGAAAACCUUAUCAGUUACAACAAGUUUGUCCAGAGUUGCAUCGACUGGAACCGAGAAGUCCUGAAGCGAGAGCUGGGCCUGGUGGAUCGAGACAUCAUCGACAUCCCUCAGCUCUUCAAAACGGAGAGGAGGAAAGCGGUGGCAUUUUUCCCUGACUUGGUGAACAUGCUCGUGUUGGGGAAGCACCUGGGGAUCCCCAAACCCUUUGGGCCCAUCAUCAAUGGGCGCUGCUGCCUGGAGGAGAAGGUCCGGUCCUUGCUGGAGCCACUGGGCCUCGAGUGCAACUUCAUCGAUGACUUCACCCCCUAUCACAUGCUGCAUGGGGAGGUACACUGUGGCACCAACGUCCGCCGGAAGCCCUUCCCCUUCAAAUGGUGGAACAUGGUCCCCUGA